UGUCGGGCGCGCGCGGCGAUGACGUCAGGACGCUGACGCGGGAGGAUGGCGGCGGCGCCCGCGGCCUGGGCUGGGAGGCGGUGGGCUGAGCCGCCGAGACUCCGAAGAGCCUGCCGCCCGCGCGAGGUGUAGACGGGACCACUGCCUACAGAGCAGGUCCUGCCAGCCUCGCUGGAGAGGAUGCCCCCGUGUCAGUGAUGGGCUGUGGGACAAGCAAGGUCCUUCCUGAGCCACCCAAGGAUGUGCAGCUGGAUCUGGUCAAGAAAGUGGAGCCAUUCAGUGGCACUAAGAAUGAUGUAUACAAGCACUUCAUCACAGAGGUGGACAGCGUUAGCCCUCUCAAAGCUGGGUCUCCAGCUACCAGUCAAUAUGCACCUCCCUGCCCUGGUGUUCCCACUUCUGGCCACACAGAGCCUCCUUCAGAACCACCACGCAGGGCCAGGGUGGCAAAGUACAGGGCCAAAUUUGACCCACGUGUGACAGCUAAGUAUGAUAUCAAGGCCCUGAUUGGCCGAGGCAGCUUUAGCCGAGUGGUACGUGUGGAACACCGGGCAACCCGACAGCCAUAUGCUAUCAAGAUGAUCGAGACCAAGUAUCGAGAAGGGCGGGAGGUGUGUGAGUCUGAGCUCCGAGUGCUGCGCCGGGUACGCCAUGCCAACAUCAUCCAGCUGGUGGAAGUGUUUGAGACACAGGAGCGUGUAUAUAUGGUGAUGGAGCUGGCCACUGGUGGUGAGCUCUUUGACCGGAUUAUUGCCAAGGGUUCUUUCACUGAGCGGGAUGCCACAAGAGUGCUGCAAAUGGUACUAGAUGGUGUCCGGUAUCUGCAUGCCCUUGGCAUCACACACCGAGACCUCAAGCCUGAGAAUCUCCUCUACUACCACCCGGGCACUGACUCCAAAAUCAUCAUCACUGACUUUGGCUUGGCCAGUGCCCGAAAGAAGGGUGAUGACUGCCUGAUGAAGACCACUUGUGGCACACCUGAAUACAUUGCGCCUGAGGUCCUGGUUCGAAAACCCUACACCAAUUCCGUGGAUAUGUGGGCACUGGGUGUCAUUGCCUACAUCCUGCUCAGUGGCACUAUGCCCUUUGAGGAUGACAACCGUACCCGGCUAUACCGGCAGAUCCUCAGGGGCAAAUACAGUUAUUUGGGGGAGCCCUGGCCUAGUGUAUCUAAUCUGGCCAAGGACUUCAUUGACCGGCUGCUGACAGUGGACCCUGGAGCCCGGAUGACUGCACUACAAGCCCUAAGACACCCAUGGGUAGUAAGCAUGGCAGCCUCUUCAUCCAUGAAGAAUCUCCACCGAUCCAUCUCUCAGAAUCUCCUCAAGCGUGCUUCUUCUCGUUGCCAGAGCACCAAAUCCUCCCAGUCCACACGUUCCAGCCGCUCCACACGCUCCAACAAGUCUCGCCGUGUUAGGGAGCGCGAACUGCGGGAGCUCAACCUGCGCUAUCAGCAGCAGUAUAACGGCUGAGCCGUCAGCGCUGACAUGGACGCACUACCGUCUGGCCACUCUCUGCGUGUCACCUGGGCUCGAUCCCUUCUCUCCAGCGAGGCCUCAGGGCCAGCAGCAGGCAGCAUGUCUGGACCCAGCUCCUCUCUAUACCUUUAGCAGCUGCCCACCUACCUUGCCUGCUAUGAUGGAAUGGUGGCCCCAGGCCACCUGAACUGGGACCUGGGAGGCAGCUGCUCUGUUUGAGUUGGGAAAAGGUGCAGGACCCAGUCCCCACUGGUCUCCUUAAUGUUUGCCUCUUCCUUGGACCAAAGGGACCUACAGUGUAGGGUAGAAAGGGUCCUAUGGCUCAGGACUCUUUUAAUCCAUUACUUUUAUUAACCCCUUUUUAUCCACAAAGCAUCCGUCUAGCUCCCAUAUUCGCUGCCAUGCUAAUCCUUAAGGGUGUGCUCCAGUGGGAGGUCUAGCUUUUGCUGUAGCUGGAUUGCCAGCCCCGGGUGCCUCAUUAGUCCCUUAGCUCCAGUUAGAUCCAAGUGACCCCACCAUUUCCCUUAGUCAAGAUCUAUCUUCAUUGUACCACCAGGGACCCCUUCUAGCCCCCAGACUCGUCAGCACCUCUGGUGUAGGACUGUGACAUGGACCUUUACGCUCAGGCUCCAACCUCUCUAUGAGAGGGAUUCUAUCACCGUCAGUGCCUUUGCAGAGCCUACUACUGUCUCUGUCUCCUACUCGGAUGCUGUUACAUCCCCCAUCUGCCUCCUUCCCAACAGUGAGGGGUUAAAGGGAGCUCAGCUGCUGCUACCUGGGGGAUGGAUGUGCCUGAAAAGGAUUUUCCUCAGAAGUCCAUUGUCAAUCCAUCGUUCUAUCUUUUGGUAUUGCCCUUCGCUGCUCACCUGGAGUAGCCAUGACCUCCUUUAUAGCUUCGUGAUGGCGCCAUCUAGUGUCUAGCCUGGGUAUAGGUGGGGGGGUAGCGGGGAGAGGGAGGGUGGCUGGUGCACCCUUGCAAACCCACAGCCCUCCAAAAGGAAGAGGAAAGAAAGGAGUAGCUGAACUGGGGGAGAGUCCUGGGCUGCUCAACUCCCCUUCUGUUCAGCUUCUCCAAACCUCACCCUGGAACUUAGCCGUACUGUGUUACCUGCCUCUGAACCCUGGGUGCCAUGGGUACUGACUUUGCUGUAAGAGCUGGCCUUGCCCUCUCUGCCCUGUGCCCAUUUCUUUUUCAUAGCAUUAACUUUCCAGGCUGGCCCCACUGAGUCUCAGGCGGGAAGGAGCCCUUCUGGGAGGUAGGGAGGGCUGCAGGGGCUGCUUUCCCAGAGGACUGAGCCACAACAGUCCUUCUAGAUGGUCUCCCCUGCCAUCACCAUAGGAGGCUGGAAUCCAAGCUCCCUCCCUCUGUAGCUGCUUUCAGUGUGUAGAAGGGGCAGGACAGAGCCUAGCAGGGCCUUGGCUAGACUAAGAGCCUCUGUCAGCAGGAAGAGUCUUACUCCACUCAGCUCUGCUCAGGAGGCAGCCUUGAGCUAGGCCCUCUUUUCUACGUAUGCCACCUCCACUGGGAAACCAAACCAAAGAGACCACUCUGUGCCAAGUCAACUGUGCCUUAUAUACCCUCUCCUUACAUCCUUACAUCCCCUGCCCUCUGAAUAGGAGGCAGUGGAGAGCCUGAGCCUCACAGCCUCGGAAUUCCCCCACCUACCAGUUCCCCAGGAAUCUCUGGGGGUGUGAACCAGUGGGGAUUUAUUUUCUCUCUUGCCCAAAGUAGCUCUGGUUGUGAGGGUAGGACAGAGGGAGUUUAGUGUCUUAGGCCUUUGAUAGGUCCACCAGGCCGUCAUGCCAUGGACUGUGGAUGGAGAAUGUGCAGUUAUUUAUUUGUGUACUCUGUAAAUGUAUCUUCUGUAUUCAAUAAACAAGCUGCCCUCCCCCA